AAUCCGACAGUUAUGCGAUGUUUUUGAAAUCGUAAACAACCGAUCCCAUCUUUUUGACAGAACAACUCACAUGAUUUCUGUCAGUGCGCACUAAUUCUGAUUCGAAUUCAAUUCUAUUUCUCAUUUAUAAUAAUUAGCUAAAUUUGGUGUAAAUCAAGGCAGCUCCAACAUGACCGUCACAGUGGAUCCACGCCGACCAGACAAAAUCAAUCGCUAUAAACCGGUGGAUAGUGCCAGCCAAGGAGCCGGAGUUGGCGACGAUCUUAUGCCAGACUACAUGAAUAUACUCGGUAUGAUAUUUUCCAUGUGCGGUCUGAUGAUGAAGCUCAAGUGGUGCGCCUGGUUGGCCCUGUACUGUUCCUGCAUUAGCUUCGCCAAUUCUCGGGUCAGUGACGACGCCAAACAGGUCCUGUCGUCGUUCAUGCUGAGCGUCAGUGCGGUUGUCAUGUCCUACCUGCAGAACCCUACGCCGAUGACACCGCCCUGGCAGUCGGUGUGAUGAUGCCGAUAUUUAUUGGAACACAACUCUGUUUAUUCUACGUCUCGUAUGAGGUGAGGCGUUUCGAAUGAAAUGAGAUUUAUGGUCGAUAUAAUAUCCCAUUUGAAUUACAUGGUCGCGCGACAUUUCCCGAAUCACCCGAAACGUGGAAUAAGCACAAAAAUAUCCUCACAAGUCGCAAGCACAUACAUAAUUUAAUUGAAGGUUUUAAAUAAAGAAGCACAGUUCAAACUAAAGUUAACAAA